AUGAAAAACAUCUUUUCGCUGCAAGAUGACCCGGGGUCAGACACCCCGAAAGAAGUCUACGGAUAUCGGCCUUACCUUCUGGCCUUUUCAGCGUCAUGGGCUUCGGCAAUGUACGGCUAUGACUCAGCCUUCAUCGGUGGCACGAUCAAUCUUCCGUCUUUCCAAAGGGCAUACGGUUUAGGAAACAGUUCGGCUGACCAAAUCGCCAAUCUCUCGUCCAACAUUGUUUCAAUAUUCCAAGCUGGCGCCUUCUUUGGGUGUAUCGCUGGCUUCUUUUCCGCCGAAAGGUUUGGGCGGAAGCCCGUUAUCUUGGGCUCAGCUUUUGUCUUCAUUAUCGGCGUGGUGUUGCAAUUGAUCGGGAAGAUUGGUCUUCUGUACGGCGGCCGAGCUUUGACUGGACUCGCUAUUGGAGCUUCUUCGACAUUGAUCCCGGUCUACAUCGCGGAGUGCUCAACAGCCCUGAUCCGUGGCAGGCUUGUCGGCAUCUUCGAAAUCAUGCUGCAGACAGCGCUUGUGUUUGGCUUUUGGGUCAAUUAUGGCGUGGCACAGAAUAUCUCUUCACAGGGAAACACGCAAUGGCACGUGCCGGUGGCCGUACAGUUUGUCCCUGCCGGCUUGCUCCUCAUCACCAUGCCCUUGUUCUGCUCCGAGUCUCCAAGAUGGCUCGUUACUAAAAACAGAAAGACGCAAGCACAAAAGGCUCUGUGUUGGAUACGAAAUCUGCCUGAGGAACACGAGUUCAUCAGCCGUGAGAUCAAGCAGAUUGAAGUCAGCAUCACUCUCGAGACCGAGGCCAACGGCGGGGAACAGUUCACGUGGAAAGUAUUCCGAGAACUUCUUGUUCCUGGUAUCAGGUGGCGUGUGUCCAUCGGUGCCCUGCUCAUGGUACUUCAGAAUCUUACUGGCAUUAAUGCCAUCAACUACUACAGUCCAACCAUCUUGCGUUCAAUUGGCUUCAGCGGAACUGAUGUUGGCCUCCUGGCGACCGGGGUUUACGGCAUAGUCAAGAUGAUGACGACACUUGUUUUCAUGAUGUUCUUCGUCGACAAGUUCGGCAGACGACCAGCCAUUCUAAUUGGAGCUAUUGGGGCAAUGGUUGCCAUGUUCUAUUUGGCGGGCUACUCCGCGUUGUCCGGCUCAUUCGAAGGUACAGCUUCAGCAGAUGCCGGGGCUCGCACUGCCCUGGCUAUGAUUUACAUUUACGCCAUUUUCUACGGCUUCAGCUGGAAUGGAAUUCCGUGGAUCUUCGCCUCCGAGGUGCUGCCCAACCGAGUCCGCACGCUUGGCAUGAUGAUUGCGGUUUGCGCACAGUGGUUGGCGCAGUUCAUCGUUGUGUACAGCCUUCCACAUAUGAUCAAUAAGAUAACCUGGGGAACCUUUCUUUUCUUUGGGGCGUGCACGGUGGUUGCGUUCAUCUUUGCGUUCCUGUUUGUUCCGGAGAUCAAAGGUGUCCCGUUGGAGGAUAUGGACAUGUUGCUGGGAGCUGAUGCGCCUCUAUUUGCCAGAGCGGCUCGCAGGAGGUACUUGGAGGCACGAGAUGCUGGAUUGAGCAGCCUAGUUCUUCAUAUGUCUCAAGAGAAGGAACAGGUGGAGCAGGAACAUGUUGAGGGUGAACAGGUCUAG